UCAAACGACAUCAUCACAACACAAAUUUCGCGCAGGUGUUUUUCGUGAAAUACCUUCGUAAUUUUGCAGCGUAAUUCCGCGGCAGGAUGGCAGAACCGACCGGCGAGGGAAAGCCUAAAAUCUCCGAUCAUGAGAGCGAACUGGAGGUGGCCGCAUUCAGCGAGUUCCAAAAGGCCGAGUACCCGCAGUGUCUGCAGACGUUGGUGAAGCUGCAAAAGACGCAGGACUCGAACCCGAAGGUCAUCCACAACCGUGCGGUGGCCGAGUUCUACAUCAGCGACCUGCGCCGGUACGACCUGUUCCGCAAGACGAUGAUCCAGAUCACGGAACUGGUGGGGGAGAUUCACACGGUGAACGUGAAACAUCCGGAGCUGGCGGCGGCCUACGUGAACCAGGCGAUCGUGUUGUACCACUUUCGGCAGCCGCUCGGUGCGCUGAAGAUCAUGCUGGCCGUGAUGGCGCACUUUGACCAGUUGGACGAUUAUCUACUGAGGAAGGCCGGGAUAUUUACGGUGCAUCUGCUGCUGGACACGAACCAGCCCAAGAAGGCAAACGGCCUGCUGGCGAUGUUAAUUUCGCGACUGUGCAUCCGAGUGCAGGACAUUUUGAGUUCCGACGAUGAAGAGGAACGUCCUCAGCUGGACAACGAAAGUCGGAAGGACAUUUCCGAGAUUCAGUUUGAAGAGUUUAGGAAAGAAUUCCGGUUGAUUCUGAUCCGAUCGAAUCUGCUGAACGGAAAGAAGAACUUUAUAAUCCCAUGUGAAGAUACAGCGGAAUUUUCAAUUUUAAAGGGUCAUCAGUACUACUUGGGAAACGAUUAUCAAAUGGCCGCGAAGGAGCUGGCCAAAAGAUUUGUGAACGAACCGGUGCGAGUGGCAACGCAUGGCGAGGAUCAGAACACAUGCCUGGCAAACAACAUGGGCCUAAUUCACUUUGCGGUGAAACAUUACGCGCUGGCGGCAAGAUUCUUCCAGCAAUCGUUGCUGUUUGACCAAUCUGCCACGGAAAACGCCUCAACGGAGAAGGUCGAAGGAUCCCCGCUGCAUUGCGUUGGCGCUACGAAGCGUCCGGAAAUUCUCUACAACCACGGAAUAACGCUACUUUACCUCCAAAAGCCGAAGGAGGCCUUCGAAUGUCUGCUGGUCGUGCUUAAUUCGUACCACAACAAUCCCAGAUUGUGGCUUCGGUUGGCCGAGUGUUGCAUCAUGGUUCACCAGCAAAACCAAAAAGAACAGCUCAAGAACAUGACCCAGGUGGUUCUCCAACGCCGGAAGUACCUCCGCAAGCAGCCUUUCAACGCCGAAGACCAAUCGGCCGCAAUCCCAAGCACCACCCUAGAAUUCGCAUCCCUCUGCCUGCGAAACGCCGUCACUCUGAUCGAGUUCCACUCCGGUGAACUGGCCAAACAAGCGGAAGCCGCCGACAAGCCCGGCCCCUGGGACAAAGCGUACGAAGGCGUCCCGUGCAAUCCGUCGCAACCGCUGAAAGCCGCCAGCCUGGAAAAGCUCAAAAUCGCCACCCUCAGCGCGUUCAGCUACGUCCAGCUCUGCCUUGGAGAUUACACGCUGGCACUCAAAUACGCCCAAGAAACCCUCGCGAUCGCCGACCUACCCGAAACGCACCAAACCCUGGCCACGAUGUACUGCGGCGAGGCGCUCGUCAUGAUGGACCGCGUCCCGGAAGCCCUCGUCUAUCUCGAUCCGAAGCACAUGGCCCACCUCAAGGGCGAGGACUUUGUGACGCGCGGAUCGCCAAAUUGGGCGGUCAACUCGCUGGAAGCGGCCCAGGCCGUCAUGCACUACAACUUUGCCGUGACGUUGUUCGCCCUCGGGGAUUACGAAAAGGCCAAGGUUUACAUGGAGGCGUGUGCCGUCCAUCCGGUCGUGUUGCCCCACCUAAAGAUGCUGAAAAUGUACGCCGAGCUGGUGUUUGGGAACACCGAUAAGGUGAAGUUGAUGGUGCGGUACGAUGCGCCGCAUUUGAUUUAGGAGGCGGGUGAAACAAUAAAUUGUACAUAUUAUGAUUGUGUAUUAAAAAUCGAAUUAGAUAACU